AGACAGAGAGAGAGAGAGAGAGAGAAGGGAUAAGAAAGAAGAGGAGGGAGAGAUAUCACCACAAGUGGAAUACAGCAAGGGAUGAAAGGAGACACCCCUGUGAACAGCACCAUGAGCGUCGGUCAGGCCAGGAAGCUGGUGGAGCAGCUGAAGAUUGAAGCCAGUUUUUGUCGAAUCAAGGUGUCUAAGGCAGCAGCGGACUUGAUGGCCUACUGUGAUGCCCAUGCAUGCGAGGAUCCUCUCAUCACCCCUGUGCCCACUUCAGAAAACCCCUUCAGGGAGAAAAAGUUCUUCUGUGCUCUGCUCUGAGCAGGACGCCCAGGAUUAGUCUAAUUUAGAUGAUAACGAUUUGUGUACGCACAUCACACAACACGACACAACACUCGACGAGACACCACAAGGAUAAAUCAAUCCCAAAUUAACGUCCAGUAAACACAAAAGCGGUCCUAAAUUUCAUCAACUGACAUCGCGGAGGCCAGAGAUUUAUAUAUUUAUGUUUGUGAGGAUAUUUGAAUUCUUUAGGUUUUUUUGGUAAUCGAUGUUCCUGCUCAUUAAGGGGACAAAUUAACAUCAUUGUGCAAAAUGAUUGGAUGAAUAUGACACACUGAUAAACACACAUAUGCAAGCACACAGUUUUUUAAUCCAGCAAAAGGAAAUAGGUGUGGGUCCGGGUAUGUCAAAGUUUAUUAUAUUCGAGACAUUGGUUAUCUUCUUCUCAUAGUAUUCUAUGGCGAUUUACGAUAUUCUGUAUGUAUAUUUUGAUUUGUUUUUUUAAUGUUUUGUUUGAGGUGGUUAUGUACGCUGGUAGAAAUGUCUGGUUAACUGUUAGAGCUUUUCAAGUUUAGAUCAUGGUGAGACUGGUGAUACCUAUUGUACACACAAAUACCACCAGUACAUAGCACUCCUAUUUAGGAUUUGUAAACUGAAGCUUGUGUCAUAAAAGGUUUAAUUUUUAUGACCACUUAAGUAAGUGGUGUCUAGUCUCUAAGAGUUGGAAAUUAGCUUACAAAAAACAACCAUUGAAGAAAAAAUGUCAGAAAACUGUGGUCUCAAGUAACGGAUUAAACACUGCAGACAGAAUUUAAUGAAGGAAUGAAUAAAGAUUUUAAACAACA